CUUUAGCUCAUCUAUCUUGGCCUCAUCUUUCUUCUCACAGAAAAAAAAAAAACUUAAAGAUGAGAAUUUCCAACUACAGUGACCCUGACACUCCCCCAUCAACACAGCCCAGCUGUUCUUGUGUACCGAAGAAAUCCUUUUGAUGUUCAAAGAUACUUCUCAUCACCAAAAUACAAGCUCACGCCAACAUGUACCGAUUGAACCAGAUCCUAUAAACCCGAGGUCACACACACAAAUCCGCCCCUUCAAGGUUAUCAGUGUGUUGUUUACCAUUUUUUCCUCCUCUGUUGUGGCUUUAACAUCACCCUGACCUGGCUCCUUACCAGCUCAGACAGGCUAUAAAAAGAGGAAGCCCCGGGGCAGCCUUCUUCAUUUGGAUCCGGCAGGUUAGCAGUAAUAAUAAUAAUAAAUAAAAUAAAAAAAUCUCCCCUCUUAUGGAUCUGAUCUCCGCUUGUGAACAGGCGGUGACUCCUGUAGCUUUGGACGCCAUGGUGGCAGACCUGCUCUCCAUGUCGCCGAACGCCACCGCCGACGAAUCGCCGGGCAUCUCCGUGGCAACGAGAACUCUCAUACUUCUUGUCUGUCUGCUGCUGGUCGCCUGGACUCACACAGAAAAGAAAGACGUACCAGGUCCAUCUUUCUGUCUGGGUUUGGGGCCUCUUCUGUCAUACGUGAGAUUUAUCUGGACCGGUAUAGGCACAGCAAGCAACUACUACAACGACAAGUAUGGAGACAUUGUCAGAGUCUGGAUCAAUGGAGAGGAGACCCUCAUACUUAGCAGGGCUUCAGCAGUGCACCACGUACUGAAGAAUGAACAAUAUACUUCACGUUUUGGGAGCAAACAGGGACUCAGCUGUAUCGGCAUGAAUAAGAGAGGCAUUAUAUUUAACAACAACGUCGCGAUGUGGAAAAAGAUACGCACCUACUUCUCCAAAGCCCUGACGGGUCCGAGUUUGCAGAAGACGGUGGAAGUCUGCGCCUCCUCGACGAAGAGUCACCUGGACGACCUGGACAGCCUGGCUCACGUGGACGUCCUCAGUUUGCUGCGCUGCACCGUGGUCGACAUCUCCAACAGACUCUUCCUGGGUGUGCCUGUCGACGGUGAGUGUGCACGCAUGCAUUUUGCGUGGCGGAUCAAGGCAGUGGCGGGAAACCGCAUUAAUGCAUCUGUGUUGACGCUGUGUCCAGAAAAAGAACUGCUGCUGAAAAUCCAGAAGUAUUUUGACACGUGGCAGACUGUACUGAUCAAACCUGACAUCUACUUCAAGUUUGAUUGGAUUCACCAGAGGCACAAGACAGCAGCCCAGGAGCUACAAGAUGCCAUAGAAAGCCUCGUAGAGCAGAAGAGGAGAGAUAUGGAGCAGGCAGAAAAACUGGACAACAUCAACUUCACAGCAGAGCUCAUAUUCGCACAGAACCACGGCGAGCUGUCCGCUGAGAACGUGAGGCAGUGUGUGCUGGAGAUGGUGAUCGCGGCCCCAGACACUCUGUCCGUCAGCCUCUUCUUCAUGCUGCUGCUCCUCAAAGAAAACCCCCACGUGGAGCUGCAGCUGCUGGAGGAGAUAGACACGGUUGUGGGCGAGAGACAACCUCAGAACGGGGACCUUCAGAAGCUGCCGGUCCUGGAGAGCUUCAUCAACGAAUGCUUGCGCUUCCACCCGGUAGUGGACUUCACCAUGCGCCGGGCCCUGUCCGACGACGUCAUUGACGGCUACGGGGUGCCAAAGGGCACAAACAUCAUCCUGAACAUGGGCCGAAUGCACCGCACAGAGUUCUUCCUCAAAGCCAAUGAAUUCAGCCUGGAACACUUCAAAAGCCACGCUCCUCGUCGUUACUUCCAGCCGUUCGGCUCGGGCCCUCGCGCCUGUGUUGGCAAGCACAUCGCCAUGGUGAUGAUGAAAUCCAUCCUGGUGACGUUGCUCUCUCAGUACUCCGUUUGCCCGCACGAGGGCCUGACCCUCGAGGGGCUCCCACAGACCAACAACCUCUCCCAGCAGCCCGUGGAGCAUCAGCGGGAGACUGAACAUCUCCGCAUGAGAUUCUUACCCAGACAAAGGGGCAGCUGGCGAACAGUCACAGACUCUGACCUUUAGUUGCACGCAUUCUUUUAAACAGAAUAUAUUCACACGUAUACAUACAUAUAUACAUUUACCUCCAUUACUUGAUUUGUAUUAUUUCACAACUGUACAAAGCUGCGUUUUAUAUUUUGAUAUGUGUUGAUAUGCAUGAUUGUGUUUCUGUUCUGUUUGUGUGAGAUGUAAGUUUAGACAUGCAAAUACAGAAGUAAAUGUAAAUUAUUGUGCCA